UUUCCUUGCUAUGGGGGCAUAUAUCCCUCAGUGUAUAGUGUGUAGAGUAUUUAUGAAAUCAGCCAGUUGGAGGCUUAGAUUCUUACAAAGGGAAGGAAUAAGAGAGACGCAGACAGCCGUGUUGAAGAAGAGGUGAGUGGCGCCGGAUGCCGGUGGAUUGGACGACCUGAAGAAGAGGAGCAGGGAGAGUGGCGUCUGGCGGCGGAGUCGACGACUGGCGUGUCUCAGUGUCGGGGCAGAGGAGCAGGGAGAGUCGGAGAGGCGCGGCCGGUAAUGGUGUCGGAGAGGCGGAGCCGGAGCAAAGUAAGAGCAGGGGGAGGGCGGCCGUCGGAUUGGGAGUCGGGACUGGAGAUGGAGAAGAGGAGUCGCGGUGCUGGUCUCGCCGGAGAGGAAGAGGAGUCGCACUGUCGCAGCUCGCGCCUCGCAGAGAGGAAGAGAAGAGAGAAGUCACUCGCGCGGAGAGGAAGAGAGGAAGAGAGGAGUCGCCGAUUAGGGUUUGUGAAUUUGUGAAUUGUGAUCUGCGAUUUCCGAUUAGGGUGGGAAGGGAAUUAGGGAAGUGGGCUGGGCCUGGGGAGUGGGGGUCUGGGCUGGGGGAAUUUUGAUUUGUAGGGUUAUGUCCGGGUAUCCACGGGUCGGGUUCCCCCAAACCCGAACCCGACCCAACCCGCCCAACCAGCCACCGGGUUUAAAACCGAACCCGGCCCGAACCCGGUCAACACGGGUUUUACCCGGUUUGACCGGGUUGGGUCGGGUCGGGUACCCACGGGUCCGGGUUGAACUGCCAUCCCUACUGAAGAGUGACUUCAUCGGCAGCUGCACUAACCAUAGUAACGAGAGUAACGAGAGUGGCGGCCGGCGAUCAGGGUCGGCGGUGGUUGAAAUCAAAACUAUAGUAGCAAUUUGUACGGGGUUUUGUUUAUUAGAUAAAAUAUUUUUGACAAUAAAAAACGAGAAGGAUAAAUGGGCAAUAGCAAUUUGUAAAUUAGGGCGAUUAUCGUUAAGUUAGGGCGACAAUUAGCAACUCCCUUUCAAAAUCCCUGCUUCCAGAGCGUUUCUCGGAGGGGUAUUUUUGGAAGUAGCGGCAAAAAAAUUCUCCGUUGUCUGCCCGGCCUGCACCUUGCCUGGGCUGCGCGCAAAAUGUAAAAACAAACACCUGGGCCUUCAUUCCGGCCCAUUUAAUUUAUCCCUCCCCGCUCACUUUCACUGAUCGUCGAUCCUACCGCGAGCAACGCCAGACUAGGUAUUCUCUGGUGGUUCAGUUACGGGCGGAGCAGCCAAAGGGUUCAAGAAACCUCUUCUUCUCCUCCACCAAAUUCCGAUACAAUAGCCCGUCGCCUAACUCCCAUCAUCUCUACCACGAGUCUGUCGAAGGAAUUUCAGCCACGCCGCGGUACGCCGUCGAAGCUAAUUGCUUUAAUUCCCGCAUUUGUAUCUGCUUCGAGCUCCUGCCGCGAAGGGAGGGAAGAUGAACAAGUGAAGCCCCAGUUAUCACACCAAUAUCUGCAAUCGAAUUGAAGUCAUCAUCCCAAUUCAACAAAGAACAGAGAUCGGGUAAUUCCUUUAAUUCAAUCAAAUCUGGGUGGAAAGUGGAGAGAAAAAAAGCUGAUGUCUUUUGUGUUGAGUCCAGACGUACCAUAGCCAAAGAGGCACGAUGCUUGAUCUUUUGCUCCCUAUUCAUGAAAAUUGAUACAGUUUGCUCGCUUCAUCAUCCGAGGUAAUUGAAAGGCUGAAUGCAGUUUCUUUUUUUGCUCUUUCGAUUGCAUUUUCUGGUUUUGGUAGCUGCUCUUUCGAAUGCACCCUCCGAAUUGAGAAUACCUAUCUAUUGCUCAACCAAUUUGGGUGUUUAGAGUUUGAAAGUUGAAACCCCAGUUCAGAUAGAUGCUCUGCAUGCAUCAUCGUUGUUGUCAUCAGAGUGUGCAUAUUUUUCAAGAACAACAUCUUUUUAUUGGUUCUUACCCUGGAUGUUGUCCUUUAUUUGCUGCUUUGUUACUUCUUCUUUUUUUUUUUGGGUAAAUUUGCUGAUUUAUUAUGGUUCCCCUUAAGUCAGUGUGAUAUAUUAUGUUUCUUCGUUAAUACAAUUAGCUAAUUUUUUUGAAUUCAUUGCUUUAACUUAUGUCUUUUCUCUAUCCUAGGUUAAUAUCACCUCUUACAAACUAAUUAAUAGGAAAGGAGAAAGGAUAGAAAAAGGAGUGGGGAGACAAAUAAAGUGACAAAAGCCUUAUGAGGUUCGAUACCAACCAAAUAUAACCUGAAACAUGGUGCAGAAAUUGGAACCUACAACAAGUAUAAUGUGCUGCGGACUUUGUUGUUUUUCUAUUAUGAUGUUUAAAUGCAGAGUGAUUAAUUUUCUUCGACUAACUCUAAAAUCUUUAUAUAUUAUAGGAAUUUGGCCACUAAUUAAUUCACCGAGCCCUGACCUUGGGUGAGUAGUUUGGAUACUGAUUGAAGAUCGCGUAAGUUUCUCUUCCCUGACACCAAAUGUGAUACUUUUUCUCAUUCAUUAACAUAUAUUUUGGUUUAGCGUUUGGUGGUUGGUGAUUGUGAGAUAAUUGAAGCUCACGUUAUUCUAAACAUCAAAUCAAAUUUGACAAGAGUUAAUGUUACAGUUGAUCUUACUUCUAUAGCUAUUGUAGAGAAUCCUUAAAAAAAAAUUACUUGAAUUUGAUUCAUGACCAUGUUGUUUCUCUGCUGCCUUAGCGGAAAAUUUUGGAUGUUAUGAACCAACUAUUUAGGAAAACUGUAUUUCAAGAGAGCUAGGAGCAAGACCUGUACGCCCUUGCUUUGACUAUAAUACUGAUCUCAUAAUCAUCAUGCACUACGCAGGGUUGAAAACCAGUAUGCAAAAGCAAUUAAAUUCAGAGUGUUGUGAUUGCUUGCUCUUUUGAUAUAUGCUUGCUCUUUUCAUAUACGAGGUAGGUGCAUUUAGUUGAUGAAUGAAACCGCUUUGUAAAAGAAAUUGCAAUUAGUUGCUCAUAUUUGCUUGCUCAAAAUUAGUUUAUGUACCCUUUUGGUGUAUCGAUUCUGAUCACAAUUCUGUUUGCUGGAGGAUUCGUAGAAUGAAUGAGAAGUCUCCUCUCGCUCCAGUGAAGUCCUAUCUCAGUGAAGGAAAGGUCAUGUAUCAGUGAUUUCCUUGGACUUCUCCACUUUUGUAUGUUAUUGAAAGCAAUUAAUUUUUACCCAGAAUACAAACUGGCCACUUUGUAUUUAAGAGGUAUCCUGGUAGGGUAGAAGUGGUAUCUUGCUAAGCCUUUUUAGCAUGUAUGUCGUGGUUCUUGGCUCCACAGUAGAAUAGGAUUGGGAAGGUUGGAAUUGGUAUUCUUAUUAUUGGGAUUCUCAGUUAAGGAUUGCUAUUGGGGUUUAUGUUUGCUGAUGUUGCUUUGAUUUUUUUAUGUCAGGGGUUAACAACAAAAAGCUUUCAACCUUUUCUAUCCAAACCUGCGAUUGAGUUUUGCAUUAGUGAUUAUAUGCUUUGGUUAUGGUAGAAGUAUAGUUUAUAAUGGUCGCUAGCAGUUUUAUGUAUAGAAACUGUAUUUGUCUCUGGCUCUAAGCUGAUUUUUGUAGUAUUUUCUACAUGUGGUAUGUUUGUUUUUUUUCUAUUAACCCAUUUCUUGCUAAAUGGAUUCUGCUCAUAUGCUGUAUUGAAUCUCUGAUCUUAGCUUUGUUGCCUGCUCUCAUGCUUAUGUGGUUCAUCAAAUGCUUCAAUGAGCAAACAUGAUACCGUUUUUAUGUGUAUUAUGGACAUUAAGAAGAAGAGAGGGGAAAGCUUCAUUAUGACAAGCUACUCUAGCCAACAUGAUACUCUUUUUAUUACUAGGACUCAUCAUGUUAAUUAGUGUAGAUAGGCAUUAGGCGAGUUAGACGGGUUUAAUGUGGAAGUCCAAUGAUGUAAAAUAUUAUGGAAAAUUCUCGCCUUUGAGAAAGUUUGGCAAGACUUCUUUUGGAAUUUCUUAGGACAUUACUGAGUUGUACAAAUUUUAGGUGAAAAUUCAGCCAACUACAACUAAUUAGGUGAAUUUAAACAUGACCCGCACCCACCCGAAUAAACAACAUUGGAAAGUUGGGUUCUUUUAGUAUGGUUUGCGGGUGGGUUUGGUGUGUACGAUGAUUUUCAUACAUUUGAAGAUUCAUCUUGGGAUUAGAAACAAACACUAAUAGUUAUUUUUCAAAGAAAUCAUCUUGGAGGCUGAUAACACUCAAAUUGGUUUCAUUUAGCUUUCAUAUUUAGUUUUUUUUCGUGCUAAUUCAUGCACAUAAUCAGAAGAAUAGUGUCGAUUGCAUCUAUGUUUCGUUCUUAUUUGAUUAUGACGUGAUUUUAGGGUGUUUUAGUCAAUACAUGCGGAUUAGAUACGAAAAGGGCAUAAAGGUAGCAAAAUGGUAGGAAGCUGAUGAUCAUGACCUCAAGAAGGAAGAUCACGGCCAAGAAAGCAAACCGCGAAACAAAGGCAAAGAUCGCGGCAUAAGAAAUAUUUUUGAUAAUGGCUCGCGCCCUAAGAAAUUUAGAACAUCUACAUUAAGAACAAAUAAGUUGAUAUCAUUUACAUUAAGAACUUAUAACUAUUUUGUUGAGAAUUUAUUUGACAAAUUAACCUAUAAUGGAUCAAUGUUUCAUGACAUGCAUUAAGAUAAAAAAUACUUCUCGAU